AUGUCGGUCGAUUUUAAUGCAUUGGCACAGCAGUUCUGCAAUUUCUACUAUGAUCAAUUCGACAAGGACAGAUCUCAGUUAGGAAACCUUUACAGAGACUCGUCCAUGAUGACGUUUGAGUCUACACAGACUCAGGGUGCAGCCGCCAUUGUUGAAAAACUUGCAAGCCUUCCAUUUGCAAAGGUCUCUCAUAGAAUAUCUACUCUUGAUGCUCAACCUGCUUCUCCUAAUGGUGAUGUUUUGGUUAUGGUCACAGGAGAACUUCUUGUUGAUGAGGAGCAAAGACCACAAAGAUACUCCCAGUGUUUCCACUUGAUUCCUGACAGUGGAUCAUACUAUGUUCUAAACGAUCUUUUCAGAUUAAACUACGGUUGA